AUGCUAAGCCUAACGGAUUCAGAACUUGCCAUCUUGCAAAAGAUCUCGAGGACUAUUCAAGCUCUGAAGGAUGCGCCCCCUCAAAAGAAUCCUCUUGUGGCGUUGGCUAUCGUUAAGGAUGUGGACAAAAUCACGCUAGCGACAAAUUUCUCCGUCGCCCUAACGACACCGGCGGCUGCCUCGACGACUGGGGUACACAGCAGUUCUGUCCAGAGCUUGACGACAGAAAUUCACCAAGACUGGCCCUGUCCACAGGAGGUUAUGGACCACGACUUUACUCUAAUCGAUGACUCUAAUCGAUUUACUCUAGUGGAUGAAAGAGGGAGCGGAGAGAUGAUGGUGAUAGAAGGCGAAUUCGAGGACCAGCACGACGGUGUCCUCCCCAAUUCAACUUCGCCGCUAUUUUAUUUUAACGAAGGAUACUUCGUGGAUUACGUGGCUGCUCCUGCAUGCAUCGGGGUUCUAGGCCUCGUCUCCGAUGCGGCCUCUAUUACUAGAGUUGUAGCUGAAACUCAGAUCAAUGCAUACGUAAUUCCUCGGGCACGGGUCUUGGAAGCAAUGAGCAUUUUCACCCGCCCGCCCAGCUUCCUCUACCACAUUUGGCACCACAUUGCCAGGGUCGUCGCUUCACUUGUUCUACAGACGGACACAAAGUAUCAGACCUGGCCACUGGAGAAGAUAAGCCGCCGCCUGGAAUCUUUCCUCCUUCCCGAUUUGUCAGAGUGCAACCGGUUCCAGUUGACGUCCGAUAUCCAAGAAGCGGUCCUGGUACAGGGCAUCGCACUCGACACAGAGACCCAAGACCUAUACACUGCCCCCGUGUGCUUGCCAUCGAAACCCAUGAGACUUGUAUUUCCGCAGACAAGAGAGACAAGGGUACGAAACGUGCUCCUAUUGGUCGCAGAGGAUACCUACAAGGUUCCCCUGGAGUAUGAUUGGCUUCAGAAGAAGUCUGGGGAUGAGGACCGCGAAGCGGAGUAUAAUGAGCGCUUCUGGGGCCGUGAGAGAGGAUUCGACCACGAGGGCUCACUGAAGCAGUACAGCGUGGAACCUUCCAGCCUAUAA